AUGAUCAAGGACCUCAAACGCGCCUUCGGCAAGGAUCCGGAGGAGGAGACCCUGCGCGCCCACGCGGACCUUAUGAUGGCUAAGGCUGAAUACAGGAUGAGUGAGGAGGACGACUUUGGCAAGUGGUGGCCAAAAAUACAAGCGACUGCCACCUUGGGCCGGCUCUCUCUCGCCGAGCAGCCCCACGGCAACAAGCUCACCGAGGACACCUUUCAAGAAGCUCUCGAUCGACUCCGCCGCUCCGCCAAGGAGCGCAGUUGCCUCGGCCCGCGAUUGACUCACGAUUGCAAAUAUCAGGAAUUUCUUGAAGCUGUCCGGCGAGGUGAGCAAGAGAAACUAGCAUCAGCCGAUUUAGUAAAGCGGUAUUUCUCCCCUGUGGCUUGGUUGAAUGGUGAUAAGCUUGUUGAGGACCUCUUCAAAGACUUCUUCGUUGAUAACGGCAUGGAUCGCACUUUCGGGCUUGCCAUGCCGCACCGCCACUUCGACAUCCUUCCUGGGCAAAUGAUGGUCAAUUACAAUGGCACAUCUACCCCUUGGAAUGUGAACCCCGGCGAGGGGAUGGAUGAACCCCAACCAGCAGUCUGGAACUUUUCCUCCACUGGUGAAUUGAUACCAACUGAGUUCAACUAUUCCAAAGGGCACAAGGUUGAGAUGGGAGAAAAGGAGCGUGCCUUUGUAGCCAGCUUCAAGCGUUUGCUUGACGAAAAGGACCUCAGAGAGAUCUUUGGCUUGUGCGAGUACCCGGGAGACGACUUCGAGGGCACAUGUGGGAUCACCAUGGGUUCGGCCAACAUCAACCUGAAGCCGAAAGAUUAUCCUGAAGGUUUGAAGGGGGCUGACACUGCAGGGUUCUUCUCCCCACCACUCAGGAAGCGAGGAUGUAGAUGCACCUGCGAUAACCGCACCGCCCCUCAUGGUCAUGGCGCCCAUGUUAUCACGCAGUCCGCUUAG